GGGCCCGGAGCUAGCAGGCUGGGCCGCGCGCGCCGCGCCGGGGCGGGAGCCGCGGCGAUGGCGGUGCAGGCGGCACUCCUCAGCACGCACCCCUUCGUGCCCUUCGGCUUCGGGGGCUCCCCGGACGGGCUAGGGGGCGCCUUCGGAGCCCUGGACAAGGGCUGCUGUUUCGAGGACGAUGAAACUGGAGCGCCGGCGGGCGCGCUGCCGUCUGGAGCCGAGGGCGGCGACGUGCGCGAGGCCACCCGUGACCUACUCAGCUUCAUUGACUCGGCGUCCAGCAACAUCAAGCUGGCGCUGGACAAGCCGGGCAAGUCCAAGCGGAAGGUGAACCACCGCAAGUACCUCCAGAAGCAGAUCAAGCGCUGCAGCGGCCUCAUGGGCGCCGCGGCCCCGGGCCCGCCCUCUCCCAGCGCUGCGGACGCGCCCGCCAAGCGGCAGCUCGUCGCCCCCAGCGCCUCGACCGUCGCGGUCCCGGCCCCGGGCAAGGCCGGCCCCCGGCGGGAGGCGUCGCAGGCCGCGGCGGCCGCCAGCCUGCAAAGCCGGAGUCUGGCCGCGCUCUUCGACUCGCUGCGCCACAUCCCCGGGGGUGCCGAGCCGGCGGGGGCCGCGGGGGCUGCGCCAGCGGCCGGGCUCGGCGGAGCGGGAGCUGGGGGCUCCGGAGGGGAUGGGGCCGGCCCCUCGGGGGGUACGGCGGUCCCGGGCGCCAGGAAGGUCCCGCUUCGGGCCCGCAACCUGCCCCCGUCCUUCUUCACUGAACCGUCCCGGGCGGGAGGCGCUGGGUGCAGCCCGUCGGGGCCAGGCGUGAGCUUGGGUGACCUGGAGAAGGGAGCGGAGGCCGCGGAGUUCUUCGAGCUGCUGGGGCCCGACUACAGCGCGGGCACAGAGGCGGCCGUCUUGCUCGCCGCCGAGCCUCUCGACGUGUUCCCCGCCGGAGCUGCUGUGCUGCGGGGGCCCCCGGAGCUGGAGCCCAGCUUCUUCGAGCCGCCGCCGGCGGUAGUGGGAAACCUACUGUACCCCGAGCCCUGGAGCGUCCCGGGCUGCCCCGCGACCAAGAAGCCACCCCUGACUGCCCCCCGCGGCGGCUUGACCUUGAACGAGCCCUUGCGCCCCUUGUACCCCGCCGCCGGGGACUCUCCGGGAGGGGAAGACGGGCCCGGCCAUUUGGCCUCUUUCGCCCCCUUCUUCCCAGACUGCGCCCUGCCCCCGCCGCCGCCGCAUCAGGUGUCCUACGAUUACAGCGCUGGUUACAGCCGCACGGCCUACUCCGGCCUCUGGAGACCCGACGGGGUUUGGGAAGGGCCGCCGGGGGAGGAGGGGGCGCACCGGGACUGACUCUGGGGCACCCUUCGCGUUAGAGACUACUGUGGGAACGCCACUACUGUGGGAGCGCCACGCCUCCGCGGUUCUCUCCUAAGUCUAAAGAACGAUGGGAAAAUGCAAGUGAAGAGGAAACAGGAUUUAAAAAAUUCAAUUAAUAAAUUUAAGAGUAAGAGAUGAAGAGUUGGGGAUUGUUUUAAUCACAGUCUCGAGUAUUAAAAAAAAAAAUUGGUAGGUUCUUACUGUGGACCAGAACGAGCCACAAAACCGAGAUGGUUUGGGGAGUGGGGUGGGGAUGGCAGAGGGGCAAGAGGUGGCUUCUGUAGCUACCUGUCCCUUUCCAACUCUUCAGCAAAGGUCAGUGUAUUUAGUGUAAUUGCCCCUUUUAAACAGUGCCCUGGUCCCUCCCCUGCUCCCCCCUUGAGUACAUUUUGAAUUAAAACCUAUAUUGAAAAGAAUGGAGCGGAGACAUGUUGUUAUUGAUUUGGGUGUUUUCUUACAGGA